ACAUUUUUCCAGACUGUUUGCGGAGAUCUUGUUAACAUAAGCCAGCCAACUGUUAGUAGAAUAGUUCAAGAGGUGUCAGAACUUUUGGCUAGAAAUAUCCCCAGACUGGUGCAUUUCCCAAGAAAUGAGGCUCAGAAAAAUCUGGUCAAAGCUGAUUUUUUAGGAAUAGCUGGAUUUCCAAAUGUACUGGGUUGUGUUGAUGGAACUCAGAUUCCAAUUAUAAGUCCAGGUGGCCAGAAUGCAGAGGUAUAUAGAAAUAGAAAAGGAUUCAUGUCCAUCAAUGUGCAACUCGUCGCUGGCCCGCAGCUGCAGAUCUUUGAUGCAGUGAUUCGCUGGCCUGGGUCAACACAUGACUCGAGGAUAUUCAGCAACAGCAGCCUUAGGUGGCGUUUUGAAAAUCCCCGGGGCGACCUGAAGAACUCCUUUCUUCUAGGGGACAGUGGUUAUGCCCAAACAAAAUACAUGUACACUCCUGUUUUGGACCCUCAAACUGCUGCUGAACAAAGAUACAACAGGGCUCAAAUUUCUACUAGAAAUACAGUAGAAAGAACCAUUGGGGUACUUAAGAGGCGCUUUCCAUGUAUGUUAUACGAGUUGAGGAACAAGCUUGAGACAACAACAAGAAUCAUAGCUGCCUGCAUUGUGCUCCACAACAUUGGGAGGCAGUGGGACCCAAGGGAUUUUGGGAACGAAGAUGUACAACUGAUUCCCAACAACUGGCAAAAUUUUGUUGUUGAUGUCGAAGAAAGAGUUCGGGAUAAUGAGAGAGGCCGUUUAAUUAAAGAGCUGUUCAUCCACCGCCAUUUCUCAAACAGGCGCAAUGAGGAGUAAUAGACAUUGACUCCAGAACAGUCCUUUUUGUCAACAUUUUGUA